UUUGAUUCACAAGUAUCUGGGGUCAAGAGAGGACAAGAGUGGACACUACGUGACCAAGAAACAACUCGAGAAUCAACACAAGAUAGACGCGAGACGACCAAUAAACCAGGUACGUGCUCUGGGCUCGAGUAGCUAGGAAUCACACGGAAACCAUGGCAACUGAAGAGGAGGUUGGACUUGAUGAAACAGUCGCAGAGGAAGAGCAAGACUUGAGCACAACAAAGAAAGAAAAGGCUGGCCACGAGGAAGAACAAAACGACGAUCACGACAGUAGAGAUACGCUGAACACGACGGAAGAAGAAACAGAGCAGGAGGAUACGACAGAGUCCGAGAAAAGACGCCGUGAAAAUGAUGUCGAUGACAAAGCAGAUCCACAGGAUGCUCAAGAAGAGGAAGUGCACGUGGAACAAACAGAGGAACAAACUACGACCGACCUCGACACAGACGUUACAAGCGAGGAUACAGACGACAUAGGCAAAGAAGCGCCUGAGGCCGACAAAAAUAAUUCCUCUGACAAAGAAAGGCAAAACGAAACCCAACAAAGUACAGAUGAGGUGGACUACAGAGAGGAUGAAGAUGAAAUGGAUGGAACAAAACUAAAGGAACGGCACGAUGAAGAUGGCACUGAUGAUAAACAGGACGUACAGGAUGCUGAAGAUGAAGAAGUGAACCAGAAUGAUGACGACAAGAUGACUGACUCCGAAGUCAACGACCAGAAGAACAGCAACAAAGACAGGGAAGUCCCCGUGACGGAGGACUCAGACACACUAGACAGUGAGGAGGAGGAGGAUAGAGAUCAGGAUUACCCUGAGGAAGUGGACUGCGGGGAAGAGGAGGGGGUCCAGGACGAUAAGACGGAAUCUGCUCUAGAUGGAGGCGUGGAGGGCGACACUUUUACUCCAUUGCCCUUGUUCUCUUCUAAUGAGGACACAAAUCCAGCCUGCGUUAUCCAAGCCCCCAGUUCUGUUCUAGAGGAUCUCAACGUUUCUGCUUCGGUGGAAAGGUCGGGGGAGGGUAUCCGGGUGACUACCGCCAGUCAUCUCAGUCACCUGACGGUGGGCAACAACGAGGAACUCAUCAGUGACGUCAUCAGGCUCGAACCGUGUGGAAAGGAGCUGCCAGCCCCGGUGCACGUCGCUGUUCCUUACAUCGGGAGCCCGCUACCUCGCAAUGAUCACCGGGAGAUCGCGCUGAAGGUUUCGUCUGACGGUGACACCUGGCGGCUGGUGCAUGCUCGACACACUGAUGUCCAGUUUGAGGACUACAAGGGCUUUUUCGCCCAGUUGAAACUUCGCAGGCUAUGUCUCCUCGCCGUGGUGCUGCGCCUGAAGAGGGAACAUUUCAUCCUUGAGUCGACAGGGGGCAGCGUGAAAUCAUCCGUGGACCACAGGGUCGCCCUGGAGUGGACGUCCCAUCCCAAACGGAAGAAGAAGGGCAGACUUACACUUGAAGUCCGCCCGACGACCACGUUCGUGCACGAGCUGAAGGAGCGGGAGCCGCUGGGGUACGAGUGGCUGCUGACCAUGGGCCCUGUAGUGUACCUGCCGGUCCACAACUUCCGCAGGGCCGUCACCGUCACCCUGCCCUGUCCGCACCACGAGGCAGCUGUGUCUAACGUUCUACCCCCUUGGAGGGAUCCAGCCAUCCCCACCCCGGCCCAGAGAGCUAGCCAGGCGCCGUAUGGGCAAAUGCUACUGGACAAGGUUAAGAAGCGGGAGGGCAGAAAAGAUGCUCUCCGUGUCAUGAUGUACAACAGCGCCACCCAGCGGUGGGCACUGCAGGUCAACAACCUGUCACGUCACGAGGCCGACACAGAGGUCACAUUCCAGCCUACCAAACUGGCCGACGGUUACAUGGUGAUGAGGACAGUCCGUGAAGUGCCGGGGUUGCUGGAGGACCUGACCCGGCGGGUAGACAGGACGCUGAGGGAGACACACGUGUGCUGGACCCUACACAGGCACGGGAACGACCCGGACAGGAUAGUGGUCAGGUGCGCCACGCCAAACACCCUGGAACAGGCCGAGGACGAGCUCAAGAACGCGGGAUUCAGUGACAUCUCCCCCGUGAGUGAGGAAGUGGGCCUGUUGGAGGGACAGUCCGUCGUCAUCAGCCUCGGCGGGAACCUGGUGAUCGAUGACGAGGACGGGCGGGUAGAGGUCGCCAUGCGCUUCCACGCCAACCAGCAGGUCGUCUGCGAGUUCUGGAUCAAAGCGCGGGACAGGUUCGCGGAUCGCGCCUACCCGACCUACCGCGGUACGCUGAUGAUCCACGCCGAGGAGUCUGGGGGGCGGCGGAGGCUUCUGUGCGCCAUGGCGGUCACACUACCGAAGAUGGAGAAGAGGUUCGAAAGAGCGACUCGAGCUAAGCAUGUGGACAUCACAAAUGACCCACUAAAUAACCAGUUGUUAGACUGGCUGUCGUUCGAGUUGGGCAAACAUUGGGAAGCACUGGGUAAAGCACUGAAGCAAAGUAACGCCACCCUGCAGCGGAUCAAGCGUAACUACCCGUACGACAGCAAGUCCCAGGCCUUCAACAUGCUGUACCAGUGGAGACAAUCACAGUCAAAGGCUACAGACAAAGUUCGGGAGUUGACACAUGCUUUGAAGAAGUCAAACAACCGUGUCCUUGCUGAGGAGCUGAUGAAAAGAUGCACCAACAGUGACAUCGCCGAAGAACCCUUGCAGACAGAAGAGCCAGUCUUCCAAGAGAGUAAUGGACCUUAAAAAUUCUCUAGGAUUCUAGGAUUGCUAGGCUUUACAGUUUGGUAGCUCCUAGUAUAGGAAGAACGCAAGCAUCAUUACAAAGAUGACAACUGUACAAUGAAUGUCUGCAAUGUUUAUAUCUAUUAUUUUCUGUACUUACCUAUAAUGAGAUUACUACAACUUGUGACAGGUGCAUACUGCACAGCAACAGUGAAGUAGAAAUAUUUUUUGGUCUUCAUCACCGAUUUUACAACAAACUAAUCUAAUAACUAAUAACCUAAUAGAUGAAUGUCUACAUGUACAUUUAUGAGAAGCGAACUUUGGGUGGCAUGUGACAUACACAAGGG